UUUCUCGGGUUUAGUUGCUGUUGCUUGACCGCGACGAUUGACACCAGAGUUUGUUAUGGUCGUAUUGUCGUCGUGUAAUCGUGUUAUUGCUGUUAACGUACUUUAUUUAUAUCUAUUAAGAUGCAACAGCAUUAUUUAUUUUCCGGAAUAUCGUUAGCGUUGUUCCUGCUAAUAAGACGGAAGACGUUUGAAAUUAGCACCUGUGUCAAUCGUCAAACGGUUGACAGUGGGCACUAAAGUACAAUAAAUGGUAGGAGCAAAAACGCGAUGGCUGUUACUGAUUUGCAAAAUGAAACCAACAGCCAUUUUACAUUUUUUAUCUUAAACAAGCAUUGCACCUGAAAGCUACUAAAGCAAAUGUGUAUUUCGUACCUCCUGAUUUGUGAUAGAAUAAAAGGUACAGUUCCAUUAAAACAGUCGACCGAUUGAUUGAUCCAAAGUUUGAAACGUUUGUGUGGCUUGUGCUGUGUUUGUGAAAUUGGUGUUGUGAAAAUUAAGUGUGAAAAUGAUGAAAAGAAAGCGUGAAACAGGCUCCUCUUAUAAAAUUGCUCAAGCCGGUAACAAAAAGCUUGAGGCCGAGUUAUUUGGCGAAAGUAGUUCUUUUGGGAUGAGCAGCAACCCAUCAGCAAUUAAUGAAGAGGACAUUUGUGUGCAUGAUCUUCUCGUAUGUGGUCCUCAAGAUAUUGAUCAAGAAGAACACAACUAUGAUUGGAUAAAUAUCGAAGAGAUUGACAACAAUGAAGACUGCGAAAUUAUCAACGAUGACGUAUCCGAGAUAAUGUUGAAAAAUGCACCAGAUUCCCCAAAGGAAGAUGAGCCAAUUGAGGAAGUUAUUAGAAACUGGGCUCUAAAAACAUAUCAGACGCACCAAGCACUCAACAGUUUAUUGGCUAUUUUGUAUGCACGAACCGAAUUUAACCUACCAAAAGAUGCGCGUACGCUACUUAGAACAAAGCAGUGUGGAAAGGAAAUAGAACCGAUAGCUGGAGGAGAGUUUUGGUAUCCGGGAGUACGAUCGGUUCUCCACAACUAUUUCCGUGAUGUACAACCAACAGUAAAUGAGUUUUCUUUAAAUUUCUUUAUUGAUGGACUACCGUUGCACAAGAGCACCCGAAAACAGUUUUGGCUAAUACUGAUGAGCAUUCACGAAAUGCCAGAAGUUCCUGUGUUGAUGGUUGGCAAUUUUUAUGGGCAAUCUAAACCGAAGAGUUUAGAUGAAUACCUUCGUCCACUCGUGGAGGAGCUCAAUGAGUUGAUAGAUAAUGGUAUAAAAAUAGCCAAAAGACCAUCAAAAUAA